GCCUCAAUCAACUGGGCUGCCACGUAAUGUUGUGUGUCGCGUCGAUGAGGUACGUCUUUCCGACAAUUAACGGCGAAUUACACCGUAAAAAGUGCAAUGCACGUCUCUCAGCGCAGUGAGGUCUAAAAUUUGCUUUCUCGUUCCCGUUAUAACCUCGUCAAAGGUGACGUUUGGAAAUCAGCAAUAUGUCUCAACCAAUAGACUAUCAAUACCGUUCGUAUGGUAAUGAGAGUAACUUAAAAAGUGGUAAUCCUCAAAUGGUAAAUGGACAUCCAAAUGCUGCGCAUCACAAUGGCAUGCAACCAACUAAUUAUAAUUUCACGGGUACCCCAUCCUCACAGUCAUCACGAGAUCCAUCCAGAGAAACAUCAAGAGAUCCAUCUCCAACUCCUUACCUUUACAACCAAUACAGGCCACCUUUACAACGUUUACCAAUGCCUCCUCCGAUCAAUGGUCAACAAACCCCAAUGAAUCCUGUAAUGCCACCGCCAAUAAGGUUACCCCAAAAUCAGCAAUAUCCACCUAUGUAUAAUGUCCAGAAUCAAUUCCAAGUGCCAUUGACACAAAAUCAAGCACCCCUGAAAGAUGAAUUAAUAAAUUCUCAAAUGGAUCCAUCGAAAUCAGCAGCUGGAGUCGAACAAAAUUUGCCGCAGAGUUUACCAUUGGAAUCGAAACCUUAUAAAAAUGAGAAUCAGGAUAGCGUACAGGGUGCGCAAUCAUUUGUGCAAGAACAAAAUGUGUUUCCAAAUCCUAUACAACAGCCUAGAGGACAAAAUGUUUACCAACCAAAUUUUGGAGGGCAAAGAAUGUAUGCAAAAAAUGCACAUGGUAUACAACAUGCUGCCACUGUACCAAAUACAAUGUCUUACGGAGCAGUUGGUAGUGGGCAAAUGCAAAUGAAGACUCCAACCACGGUCGCAGGAUUUCCUGGGCAAAGAAUGUAUCAAAGUCAGCCACCAAAUCCGAUGAAUAUACCACCAGAUUCGAUGAACAAACGAUAUCCAGAAUCAUAUCCUGAUCAAAUGAAUCAAUUGAACAACCAAAUGAAUGUGAUGUCUGUUGCACAAAGCGGAUACAACAAAUUAUGGGGAAUGGAGACCGUCGAUCUCUUGCAAUGCAGGAAUAUUUUACCUCCACAGAAAGUCGAACUACCAAAAAUCAAACUUCAUCAAGAGUUUUUAGACAGCGUUAAUUGCAGUCCAGACAUCUUUCGGUGCACACUCACGAAGAUUCCAGAAUCGAACUCUUUGCUGCAGAAAUCGAGAUUGCCCCUGGGAGUUUUAAUACACCCCUUCAAAGAUUUAAAUCACUUACCAGUAAUACAAUGUAGCACAAUAGUGCGAUGUCGUGCUUGUAGAACAUACAUCAAUCCAUUUGUAUACUUCAACGAUUCAAAAAGAUGGAAAUGCAAUCUGUGUUACAGAAUAAACGAAUUACCAGAAGAAUUUCAAUUUGAUCCUGUAACUAAAUCUUACGGAGAUCCAUCAAGACGACCAGAAGUGAAAACUAGUACAAUCGAAUUUAUUGCACCUAGCGAAUAUAUGCUACGACCACCACAACCAGCUGUGUAUCUAUUUGUUUUGGACGUUUCGAGACUAGCAGUGGAAAGCGGUUACUUGAAAAUAGUGUGCAACGUAAUUUCAGAGGAAUUGUCGAGGCUACCAGGCGAUGGUAGAACACAAAUUGGAUUCUUGGCGGUAGACUCUGCGAUACACUUUUUUAGCAUACCCGACAACGUGUCGCAACCUCAGGAAAUGAUUAUGCUAGAUAUAGAUGACGUGUUUCUUCCGUGCCCGGAAAAUCUGAUAGUCAAUUUGAAGGAACGUGAGGAAUUAUUGAGAGAUUUAUUAGCCCAAUUACCUUCGAAAUUUCAAGGAACUCAUGAUACAAAUAGUGCUUUAGGCGCGGCAUUGCAAGCUGCGUAUAAACUUAUGUUACCAACCGGUGGACGUGUGACCGUUUUCCAGACUUGUCUGCCAAAUAUCGGUCCUGGACUUUUACAACCAAGAGAAGACCCUAAUAGCAGAGCGAGUAAAGACGUUCUACACUUAAAUCCUGUUACGGACUUCUAUAAGAGAUUGGCAUUAGAUUGCAGCGGACAACAAAUUGCUGUAGAUUUAUUUCUAUUAAACAGCCAAUAUUGUGAUUUAGCCACUCUUUCGGGUAUGUGUAAAUUUUCGGGAGGUUGCAUAUAUCAUCUUCCUUUAUUCCGAGCCUCGAAACAACAGAGCGCAGAUACCCUCGACAAAAUACUGAGACGUUAUCUUACCAGAAAGAUUGGUUUCGAGGCAGUAAUGAGAAUACGUUGUACACGUGGCUUGAGUAUUCACACUUUCCAUGGAAAUUUCUUUGUGAGAUCGACUGACCUUCUCAGUUUGCCUAACGUAAAUCCAGAUGCUGGUUUCGGAAUGCAAAUUUCUAUAGAAGAGAGUCUUUCGGAUGUUCAGAACGUGUGUUUCCAGGCAGCUUUGCUUUAUACGUCCAGUAAAGGUGAAAGAAGGAUUAGGGUGCACACAUUGUGUUUACCGGUGGAGUCUAAUUUGUCAAAUAUCUUGCAUUCUGUUGAUCAACAAUGCAUAGUAGGCCUACUUUCAAAAAUGGCUGUAGAUAGAUCUCAACAGUCCUCUUUAUCUGAUGCAAGAGAUGCUUUGAUAAACGUGGCCAUAGAUGUGUUAUCAGCCUGCAAAUUAUCUCAAUCGGUGUCUUCUGGAUCGCUUUUGGUGCCAGGAAGCUUGAAACUACUGCCUCUUUAUAUUAUUGCUUUGCUCAAAUCCGUUGCCUUCAGGUCAGGAAUGAGUACAAGACUUGAUGAUCGGGUUUUCGCGAUGUGCCAGUUGAAAACUUUGCCACUAUUUCAAUUGAUCCAAAUGAUUUAUCCGGAUCUCUAUCCUGUACAUGAACUCGAAGACCAACCUACAAAGGAUAUCGAUGGGAAACUUUGCCCACAGCCACCAAGACUCCACCUUUCUGCCGAGAUGAUUCAUUCAAAAGGAGCCUUUUUGAUGGAUGCUGGGGACCGAAUAUUUAUCUUAAUUGGGAAAAAUAUUCAUCCUGCGUUUUGUUGCAACGUACUUGGAGUCACUGGUUUUGCUUCGAUACCGGAUGAAAUUUACGAGCUACCAGAGAUCGAGACAGCAGAAAGCGAAAGAUUACGCAAUUUUGUAUUUAGUUUGCAAGAAGAGAAACCCUACCCUGCUUCCGUACAAAUUAUCCGGGACGAUAAACACUACAGGACGCUUUUUGUUGAACGAUUAGUUGAGGACCGUUUUGAAUCUGCGUUGAGUUAUUACGAAUUUUUGCAGCACCUCAAAACUCAAGUGAAAUAAUGAUAAAAGAGACUGUACACCAGACUAAAUGGAAAACAGAAACACUAACACGAAAGAGACAUUGUUGUUACAGUGAAAGUGUUUAGCAAUUGUGAACUGUGUUCAAAAAUAUGAACCUCAUAAAAUGAUUGUUUAUUUGGUUGAUUAGAAUGAAACACUUAGGGAUAUCAAACCACACACAUAUAUAUAUGUAUAUAUGUAACAUAUAUUUGUGUGUGUGUGUGUGUGUGCGUGUGCGUGCGCGUGUGAGUGAGCGAGUGUGUGUAUACAUAUUCACACAUACACACACACACACACACAUACAUAUAUAUACAUAUAUAUAUAAAAUAUACACAUUUAUAUGUAUAUGUACGUGUACAUGUAUACAUUUAUGUACAUAUACGUAUGUAGGAAUGAACGUUAUUAUUGUUUAAAGAGGUGUUAAAGCAUUUAAAUAUAAUUCAACUGUAAUUAUUAUUAUUAUUAUUAUUUUAUUACUAUUAUAAUGAUUAUUAUAGUAAUUAUUGUUACUUUUAUUAGUCACACUACUUUUUUUUAACAGAUUGGUUUCUUUGUGAAUAUUUCUCCGUUUAAAAAAUGAUGACCACUUGAUAUUACUAUAGUUUCUCAAAAUUGUCUAUGAUCAAUUAGUAUUCCAUUCAUGUAUUCCGAUUGAAAAGUUGAUUCAAAUGUAGCGUUAAAAAUGUUCCCUUUGAUAAGACAAAUUUUGCGGAACUAUUUUGCAACUUUCUUUAUAUUAAGUUGGCGCAUAAAUUCGUAUAAUGCGAUUAUCGAGAGCGUAGAAUCGGAUAAACUAAGCCACGUGGUUUUAUUUUCUCGACUCCAUGCUGUCAAUAAACACAGUACAUUUUUUCAAUAUAAUCAAAAUUUAUUUCAAUAAGAACAAUUUUUUGAUCAAGUGUUGCACAUUAUUUUAACUUUUAAACGAUUACAGGAUUUUUUCCCACGUAAAGUAUGCAAUGAGAGUCUACCCCGAUGAAAAAAGUCAAGUGCUGAGUAUCUUUUUAACAAAUAUUAAUAUUAAUAUGCAGAACCUGAAACCUUAGCAUUAUUAAUGCUACAUUUGGAUAGAAAAAAAGAAAAUUUUUAAAUAAUAAUAACACUUGAUCAAGAAAUCGUUUUGGUUGAUACAGAAUUUUGAUUGAAAUAAAUUGCCACGGAUUUAUGAACCAAUCGUAGAAAUAAAUCCUUUUACGUGACCUGUAUGUUUUAAAUGUAAUAUAGUUUUCAAGUAAUUAGUUAGUGAAAUAUGUAACAAAAUGGUGUCUUUUCGACUCGGAUUGAUUUUGUAAAUAUAAUUCUCUCUAUUUUACCUUGUUUCGUACAGAAAUUUUACAAUCACAGUAGAACCUCCGUUAUGUAUAGUAAUCGCGGGAUAAAAGUGUUCAGAUAAGAAAAUUUUCACAUAAUAGAACAAGUGGUUACCACUUCAUUUUACUUAAUACUUAAGACAAAAUUAAAUAAAAUGAAUAAAAUUUUAUUGUAGAUAAUUUCAUAUAUAGAAUACAAAAUAAAAAAGAAAUAA